AUGGCAUUUGAAGAUUUUGAGAACUACUCUUAUUUCUACGACCUGUCUGAGGAAGACGAAUCACCCCAGUCCUCCCUCAGCAUUGCCCAUAUGAUUUCACUUUCCUUUUACAGUGUGGCAUUUCUGCUGGGAGUGCCAGGUAAUGCCAUCGUCAUCUGGUUUAUGGGCUUCAAGUGGGAUAAAUCUGUUUCUACACUGUGGUUCCUCAAUCUGGCCAUUGCAGAUUUCAUUUUUGUUCUCUUUCUGCCCCUCUAUAUUACAUACGUGGCAAUGGGCUUCCACUGGCCUUUUGGGAAGUGGCUCUGCAAAAUGAACUCAUUCAUUGCACUACUUAAUAUGUUUGCCAGUGUUUUCUUCCUGACAUUCAUCAGCCUGGACCGCUACAUCCGCCUAGUCCACCCCGUCUUUUCCUACAAGUAUCGGACUGUAAGGAACACGCUCAUUCUCAGUGGGAUCAUUUGGACGUCAGCUGCAAUUAUUGGUGGCCCUGCCUUAUACUUUCGAGACACAGCCACAGUUCUCAACAAUGUCACCAUUUGCUACAACAACUUCCAUGUGCAUGACAGAGAACUUAUUUUGCUGACACAUCACAUUCUCAUUUGGGUGAGGCUUGCAUUCGGUUACCUCUUUCCUCUAGUGACCAUGGUCAUUUGUUACUCCUUGCUGAUUGUCAAAGUGAAGAGGAGAACUGUAUUGACUUCCAGCAGGCUUUUCUGGACCAUCAUUGCUGUAGUUGUAGCUUUUUUUGUUUGCUGGACACCAUAUCACAUAUUCAGCAUUGUGGAACUGUCUGCUCACCACCAUGAAAACUUGCAUGACUUACUGCAAGAUGGCAUUCCCCUCUCCACUGGCCUUGGUUUUAUCAACAGUUGCCUCAAUCCAAUCCUCUACGUUCUGAUUAGCAAAAAGUUCCAGGCCCAGGUCAAGACAACAGUCUCUGAGGUGCUAAAAUUGGCACUGUGGGAGGUGAGCCGGUCGGGAACUGUCAGCGAGCAGCUGUGGAGCUCGGACAACACCCAUGCGCCUGUGCACUAUUGUGAAACUGCUCAGUGA